GAUCUUUUUAAAUAUCUAAUUUUGUAAAAAUUUGAACUUGAAAUAUCUAUAAAAAAUUGUGUUUUUUAGACUUCAUAAGAAAGAUAGAAGCCGCGCUCAUUAAAAAAAUGUUUCCCACAUACUUGAUUGUUAUAACUUAUAAUAAGGUAAUACUUUGAUGGUCGCAACAUCCUAACUAAAGACGGACAUCUUACAGUCACCACAGGCGUCCCACAGGGUUCAGUCAUAGGACCAAUAUUGUGGAAUAUUUUUUAUGACAAACUUAUGCGACUAGAAUAUCCAGAUGGUGUUAACAUAGUUUGCUUUGCAGAUGAUGCAGCUGUAGUAGCCACGGGAUAUACCACCUGGCUCCUGGAAAAGGCUAUGAAUGAUACAUUAAAAAUUGUCAUCCUACAUGGAUGAAGAGGCAAGGCUUAACCUUGUCGAGCAGCAAGGCAGAGGUGAUAAUGCUGACAACAAAACGAGGGUAUGCUAAGCCCUCAUUCAAGAUUGACAGUACAGAAAUCAGGUUAGCUGACAAUAUAACUUAUAAGGUACUUAGGGGUACAGCUCAGCUCAGUACUUGGGUUUGGCAAACACAUAGAGACUGUUAGUGACAAAGCUAUAAAGACUUCGGCAGCAUUAGCUCGCUUAAUGCCAAAUGUAGGUGGACCAGCUGCGGAAAAGAGGAAGCUGCUUACCACGGUGGUACAUUCGCAACUACUCUACGCUGCGCCAAUCUGGAAAAGCGCGUUGAUGUACGAAUGCCAUAAAAAGAAGCUCUUUUCUCCCCAGAGGAAAAUGGCACUGAGGGUAGCGAGUGCUUAUAGCACUGUCUCCAACACUGCCAUAAUGGUUGUAACUGGGAUCAUCCCAAUCCACUUGCUCGCUAGAGAAAAAGCUGAAGUGGAACAAAUGCGGAGAAACGGCGGCGAUAUAGAAGCAAAGAGUAACGAUGCGGUGUGUAUGUAUUGUGACUGCCCAAAUGAUGACGCAGAGCACACGUUUGUGGUAUGCGACAGGUGGUGGAGAGAUCGGCAUAAUUUAGAAGUGGAGCUCAAUAUGGAUAUCACGUCAGAAGGGAUGGUUAAAGCCAUGUUACAAUCCAAGUCAAAGUGGGACGCAGUGGUCGGAUUCAUUACAGCGGUCAUGAAGAGGAAAGAAGCGGACAAACGAAAAAUCCAAGCUGGAGCGAUACCAGAAUAAAAAUUUAUCAAUAAGUCUUGUUUAGUUACGAACUUUUUGUUGUGGCUCGAAGAGCAAUAAUUAUGGGGAUAGAGCCCCAUGUAUGUAUAUAGCGUAUAUUAACUGUAAGAGAUAGCAAGUGGGGGAUUUGCCCACUGCUUCUCAUGCUAUGUUACAGAUGUUUUCUUCAAUAAACGAUGCCCGGAUGUUUGGCAGGGGUAAGUAGUGUGACGCGCAAGCAA